GACACGAGGCGAGGCCUCGGUCAAUAGCCCGAGCCGAGAGAGAGACACACAGACACACACACGUAGAGAGACACACACAGAGAGAUAGACACACAGACAUAUAGAGAGAGACACACACAGAGACACACACAGAGACACACACAGAGACACACAGACACACACACUUUGAUACACACAGACACACACAUAGAGAGAGAGACACACACACAGAGACACACACGUAGAGAGACACACACAGAUACACAUACACACGCAUAGAGACACACAGAGACACACAUAGAGAAAGAGAGACACACAGAGACACACAGAGACACAGAGACACACAGACACACACACAUAGAUGCACACAGACACACACAUAUAGACAGAGACGAGAGAUAUAUACAGAGAGAGAGAGACGAGAAAGAGAUACACACAUAGACAGAGACGAGAGAGAUACCAAAGAUAGAGAGACACAGAUAUCCAGAGACGCGAGGGAUACACAAAGAAACGCACGCACAGAGGCGAGAAGUAGACACAUCGAUAGAGACUCGAGAGGGACAGAGACCAACAAGAGAGAGACACACACAAAUACGCGGUGCAGAGAGAGACACAAAGACACGGUGUAAAGAGAGAGACACAAAGACACGGUGUAGAGAGAGAGACACAGAGCGAUACAAACAGACAGCGAGACACACAGAGGCUGCCUGUCCACAUAUGCACAUCGCGCCCUCCGCUGUGGAUCGCGGAUUACAGGAGUGCAGGUGAAAUCGCGGAUUACAGGAGUGCAGGUGAAAUCGCGGACGACAGGAGUGCAGUUGAAAUCGCGUAUUACAGGAGUGCAGUUGAAAUCGCGUAUUACAGGAGUGCAGUUGCAAUCGCGGACUACAGGAGUGCAGUUAAAAUCGCGGACUACAGAAGUGCAGUUGAAAUCGCGGAUUACAGGAGUGCGGGUGAAAUCGCGGAUUACAGGAGUGCAGUUGAAAUCGCGGACUACAGGAGUGCGGGUGAAAUCGCGGACUACAGGAGUGCGGGUGCUUGAGGCGUCGCGGCGAUGCCCCUGAAGACGGAGACGCUGAGGAGCGUGUGGGGCAAGGAGACGUUGUUGGAAAAUGACGGAGCGGCUGUUAACAAGGAGAAACUCGACACACAGUGUGCGGCUUUCGGCGCCUGGCCGCGGUGAGUGUGGAAUUGUCGUGGUUUCUCUGCGUCGACAUCACGGCCGCCGAACGAAAGAAGAUGACGGCGAAGAAGCAGCGUCGCAAGCGGAACGAGCAGCAGCCGCUGCUGGUGCAGCCCAGCUCCGGGGGGCAGCACGAGGGCAGCGCCGAGGUGGCGGGAGGGGGCAGCGGGGGCAGCGGCAGCAAGGGGGGGAAGCAGCGCCGGGCGCGCCGCUCGGAGGAGAGAGCGCCCCUCGUGGAGACCCCCAACGGAGCGAGCAACGGCUCGUCCGUCAAAUCUCCUCGCAAGAAGAGCGACGAUCCCGACCCCGCGGGCGAGCCCGGCGCCACCACGAAUCGGAAGAGUCGCAAGGCGGGAGGAGCGGUGAAGAAAGCGGCUCCUAAACGAGAGCAGCCGAAGCAGCAGCAGCAGCAUGAGGAGCAAGAGGAGGAGAAGGUCGAGGUAGAUGACCGGGAUGACGACGCCUGCUCCGUGGAGUCCAUCCCAGAGAUCCCCUCGUGCCGAGCGGCGCCUCCUCCCAAGAAGAAACAGCCGCCGCGCCGCGAGAAGAAGCCCAGACAGAAACAAGCCCCCGCCCCCGAGGAGACCCCCUCCACCACCGAGGCGGCCAAACCCCCGCCGAGGAAGGCGGCCCCCAUGAGCGCCUUCCUGGCUUCGGGGGGCUCGGGGUCAAUGAAGGUGCUAGGGGCAGCAGCAGCAGCGAAGGAUGCGGGGGCAGCGGCUAAGAGCUGCUCAGGGGCAGCGGCUAAGAGCUGCUCAGGGGCAGCGGCCCCCGCAGAGGGCAGCAGCAGCACAGACGGAGCUGCCCCGGCCAAGAAGGAGAAGCGAGUGAAGCGAAGAGGUCGCAAGGGAGGCCCGGGAGCGGAUGACGGUGGCGAUCCGGACAAGAACGACUCCCCAUCGGGGGGCAAGUCUGACAAGGACGCCGCGGCUGAGACCCCUUUGGGGACCCCCCCGAUCGAGGUGGGCGACCUGGACGCGUUCGCGCUGAUGCCGGCGCCGCAGGGCAUCACGGUCAUGUGCCGCAUCACUCGCGACAAGAAGGGCAUGGACCGGGGCAUGUACCCCACCUACUUCCUGCACAUGGAGAGAGACGACGGCAGGAAGGUGUUCCUCCUCGCUGGCCGUAAGCGCAAGAGAAGCAAAACCUCCAACUACCUGAUCGCCACGGACCCCGUGGAUCUGUCCCGAGACGGAGACAGCUUCGUGGGGAAACUCAGGGCCAACCUGAUGGGCACGAAGUUCACGGUGUUCGACGGGGGUCUCAGCUUCGAGAAGCGGGGGGCCCUGGCGCGAGACGGGACGGGGCUGCGACAGGAGAUGGCGGCCGUGUGCUACGAGACGAACGUCCUCGGCUUCAAAGGGCCGCGCCGCAUGACCGUCGUCAUCCCCGGCAUGGACGCCGAGCAGCAGCGCGCGGCCGUCAGACCCCGCGGCGAGCGAGACUCGCUGCUGAGUCGCUGGACUAUGCGCAGCUUGGAGGGGCUCAUCGAGUUGCACAACAAGUCGCCCGUGUGGAACGACGAGACGCAGAGCUACGUGCUCAACUUUCACGGCAGAGUCACCCAGGCGUCCGUCAAGAACUUCCAGAUCGUGCACGACACGGACCUCGACUACAUCGUGAUGCAGUUUGGGCGCGUGGCCGAGGAGGUGUUCACGAUGGACUACAGCUACCCCAUGUGCGCCCUCCAAGCCUUCGCGAUCGCGCUGAGCAGCUUCGACGGGAAGUUGGCGUGCGAGUGACAUGGGUCCGACUCCCCCCCCUCUACCCCUACGAUGUUACCGGCUCACUCCCCCCCCCCCCCCGCCGCCGCCACCCACUGGAAUCUCACGCAGGCUCCUCCACCCCUAUAACCCUGGAGCCCUAAAGUCCGGAUCCCCUAGCCCCAGUCCCUGGACCUAAACCCGGGCUCUCACAUUGACCCGCGAGCUUGGAGGUGUUCUCAGCGAGUCGUCGAACUACCCCCCACGACGCUUGGCAGGCACCCACAGGCCGCCACCAGCAGCUCAAGAAGCUCUUCACAAUCUCGCGCAGGCCACCACUCCCCGAGCCCGCACCAACCUACCCCUGCAUCGAAUCCCAGCAUCAUCUCAACUAGGGCUGAACGAUCAAUCGAUUUCAAGUCGAAAUCGCAAUUUGAAACAAUGCGAUGAGCAAAUCGCAAAGGCUGCGAUUUUUUGCGAUUUGGAAAGUCCUGUUACUUUCUGAUUGAAAUUGUUUUAUUUUGUAUUAUUAUGGCUUUAUUUAUUUAACUUAACAAUUGUUCUUUGUUUGAUUGUUCUAUUUCAAUGAAAACAUUUUAAAAAAAUAUAUGUUGAAAGCAAUUCAUACAUUUUAAGUUCUCGCCCUUGCAUUAGAAUAAAAAGAGCAGUUCAAAUUUUGAUGGUCUCGUGUGGUAAUGCUCCAUCACAUGUUUUAAAUCUAUUACACAGUGAAUAUUGAACUGAAGCUUGACUUAAAAAAAUAAUAAUCGCAAAUCAAAUCGCAAUCGCAAUAUCUAAAAUCGUAAUUAGAAAUUGUCCCAAAAUCGUUCAGCCCUAAUCUCAACGUGCAUGCGUGUGUGCGUGUUGUGUUAUGGGGAGCGGGAGUGCAGCGGUUAGCGCGCUGCUCGACGAAUCUCGGCCACCUGAGUUCGAUUCCUGCUCACGGCCAACACCAGUGACGAUUAUCUGAACCGGUCAUGGGCCUCCCCUAGAUCGACUCGGCCUCAAAUGAGUACGUGGUGCGAUGUGUAAAACAUCGCCACGAGGAAGACAAAGGCGGCCGGGCGUGGUGCUGGCCAUCCACCCCAUCGUGUGCCGUUCUGGGCUUCAUAGGUGCUCGCUAACAGCACUUGCUCUAGCAGCCGAUAAAAAAAACUAGAGGGAGUUCGAUUCCCACCAGUGAGAAUUAUCUGAACCGGUCCUGGGCCUCCCCUAGGUCCACUCGGCCUCAAAUGAGUAAAUAGUGCGAUGUGUAAAAACUUCGCCACUCGGGAGACAAAGGCGGCCGGGCGUGAUGCUGGCCACCCACCCCCAUGUGUGACGUUUUGGCCUUCAUAGGUUCUCGCUAACAGCACUUGCCCCAACAGUCUGUUAAGGCUGUACGGGGGAUCUUUGUCCUUUGUGUACGUGUUUAAAGUCAUGCCGCGUACGCACGCGGCUGGAGUUCAGUGUUACGGAUACCGUUGGUGGGUUAACAGUUGUGCGUAUAAAUUAGCAACGAUUAAUGUCCCAUUGUAUGGGGGACCCUGCUCAAAGAGCCUUGAGAACUCACCGAGGCUUCCCCGCAGGAUCUAGAAAAUACUUUCAUGAUAUUUCGAAGUAUUUAUUUUUUAUAAAUAUGGGGUGACAUUUUUGGGGGGUUUUCCUGGUUAAAAAAAAUCGAAUUAGGAAAACCGGACCAUGCGAUCGCAUGCAGAACCAGGACACAUUUCUACAAGCGUGGAGUUGUUUUAUAAUAUUCUAGCGAGGCUGAAGUCGGAUCUCUUACCUCUCGAUGGGAGUCCAAUCACUUGGUGCUGGCACUCCCAGCGUGCUCCUUCAUUCAAGAAUGAAUAGAUGAUGGAAUGAAGGAGGAUUGAAUGACUGACCGAAGGAAAUAACGAGUGAACCAAUGUAUGAAUGACCGAGUGAACGCGCGACUGAAUGGAAGAUAACUUAAUAAAAUGAGUAAAUUAAUGAAUAACAAAUAUAUACGUGAAUUAAUAGACAUUGUUACGUAUAUCAAUGGCUGAAUGGGUGACUUUAUGAAUUACCAAAUUGAUUAAUGACUUUAUGAAUGAAUGAGUGACUUUAUUAAUGACCAAAUUAAUGCACGAAUUCAAGGCACAAAGGAUGGGUUCACGAGUGAUGGAAUUAACGAAGCGAUGCAUUGACUCAUAAAUAUGCGAAUGGAUCACCGGAACAAGUGAAAGACGAGAGAGCGAGCGAAUGAAUGAAGCCACGUGCGGCGUUGACAAUCCAACUUUGCGAUUUGAAACCAGCAGCGAAACGCGGAGCGGAGCCGCUCCCUCGGCGGAGUGGAGGAUAGAGAGGAGUGAUAAUUCCCUCCAAUCGCCUUCACGCCCAAGCCCUCCAUAUAUGCGGUCCUACCUGUUACACCGCGCGCUUCAUUCGUUAAUUACCUACCAGGCGAUGGUGGUGGGGGGGCAGCAAUGGGGCUGUCAGACUCCCAGCCCCUCCCUCUCCCCCCGCUCCACCUCCCCCACCACCAAACCCACCCUUCACAAUCGGGGUCUCGAGUCGAACACUCACGACCAACAAUCAACUGCGUUCGAGAUCCGGUUCCCAUUGACGCAGUCACCUUUAGUAGUGCUGUUUGUUGCCGACCGUUUUGGGUUCUUUGGUGGUUCUUUGGGCCAUCGUUCUCAUCAGAUGUAGAUUGUUUAGUUCAUAUAUAAAAUAACAUUCAACGCACGCGUUAAGGAAUCACUCGGCUAUUCAACCCGGAGGGCCGAUUCCUUUUUUAAAAUGCCCACAGGGCCAGUCAUUUGAGCUGCACAGCGACCCUGUAAACGGCCACGUCGCUUGGAGUUGUUGUUGCUGCGAGGCGUGACAACUUCUUGCUCUGCAGCCGCACAGCGACGCGUGCGGCCCUCACGACGCGUGCGACCCUCACGACGCCGCCAAUUCAGUCUCACAACCACCGCGGCACAUGCGCUACGGAGCAGGGCCAUUGCCUGAAACGUCGCCUGUGAUGUUUUCUUUCUAAGGCCACACAGAGUGUUGUUCUCGUUGUUGUUACUGACGAACGUGUUGAGUGUCUCGUUUGUUGUUGUUGUUGUUUAUUAUGUCUGUGCACCACUGCCAACGCAGCAGCAUCAGCAGUCGCGUCAGCGAAUACAUUCCGUGUGAAAAGGGGAGCCCGCUCGAGUUGCCAUGCACUGAAGUCGCCAGUUCGCGUCCAUCUCCCGGGUCGCCCCCCUCUCUGACUCCACCCUGCAGUGUCCACAGGAGGCGCGCACGCAACACUGGCGAGGCGGUCGGCAGGCCACGUGUAGCGGUGGUGGCGGUGGUGAUGGUGUUGGUGUUAGGUAACUUCAGCCUUGACCAACACGUCCGGUCGGCGUGGAGGUGUGGGACCACACGCUGCGUGGCAAGUCCGCGUCUUUAGCGCGGUCGUAGACGCGUUCAUGAGAAGUGCCGCGUUAAGUGAAAACAACCCCCACUCCCCCCUAAUAAAUAAUGUAACGAUUCAGUUUGGCGAGUGAUGAAGCGCCACCACCACCACUACGCACACACACGGCGAGAUGGCAACACAAACAAGCUGAGGGUACGCGGCCGCGCUACAGCAUCAUUUCGCGUACCGAAUCACUCCACUUCAGCUCGUGUAGCUCGUCGUCGACUGCUGAGAAACCGCGUUAUAACGGGGGGCGCGUUCCCCCCUAAUGGGAGAACCGCGUGACAGCCACAAACGCGCCGUGGUGUGGACGCCGCCACGCGUCAAGCGAGCAAGUCGCCGUACCCCUCCCCCACCCCCCGUGGACGCUCCCUCGACUGGGAGAGGCUCCUAGCGGCGUGGGCACCAGCGCGAGGGAGAGACAUUUCAGGGCUGCGCCUUUGACCGUCUCGUGCCCGGGGGUGGGGGUUGAACUCGUUACAGGGGAGCGCAGGUUGGCAAUCGUGCACGGUGCAGCACAGCUGAUCGCAUGCCGUGUACGUUGUAACACUUAGCGUGUAAUCUGUGUAUCAUUUGGGUGUUAGAAUAUGUAUUCCAGAUUGCGUUGUACAUUUUUACAAGCUGGGUUUUUUUUUCUUUGGUUUUGUUUACGCACCAAAAUCUGUUGCUUUGUUUCUGCUGUGUGUCAACGAACCCCUGGUCUUAAUGUUUCCGUGUUUUAAUGUGAACCCCAGAGGUCUGGUCUCAAUUGCCUCAUCUUACACACAUACUCACACUUAUAUUUAGAUGCAAGCCACUGAUGUUGGGUUCAUAGCCGUUGUGGUUUCGACUUUUGCCCACUGCGCUUAGCAACGCGCCACUGCUUGCUGUCUGCGGCUACAAGUCGUGAAUGAAUCUGUGAUAACGCUCUCAAUAGUGGAGUCUUCAUUCAUUUUACAGCCCUCUGUUAAUUCACUGGUGGAUGACGUCCCCCCCUACCCCAUCCCUCAUUGCCGUGUCGGUCGUGCGCGUGGUGAUGGACGAUAUUUGCGGAGCGGCGGCGCAAUGGUUAGCGCACCGCACUCCGCACCCGGUCACCCGAGUUCGAUUCCCGCUUACGGCCAUUGCCAGUGGAGAAUAAUUAAACCGUUCCUUGGACCUCCCCGAGGUCGACUCAGCCUUAAAUUAACACCUGGUACAGUCUGUACACGUCGGAGCUGGGGAGACGAAGGCGGCCGGGCGUGGUGUUUGCCACGCACCCCGUGAUGCGCUGUGCCGCCCUUCAUAGGUGCUCGCUGAUGGCACUUGCCCCAACAGUCUGUACGGGGGAUCUUUGUCUCUGUUUAUACUCCACCACGGCGUCAGUGUGGCUUGGCCAAGUGGGAUGGGUAGGCACGACCGGCUUAGAUUUGAGCCGUGGUCGGGAAUCCAACUAAGGCGGUCGGGGUACACGACGCAGUGCGCUAACCACUGCGCCACCUCUCCACCGUAAAGGGCUCGUAACCGGUCACGUGGCGUGGGCCUAGCCCCAUACCUCUAUGUAUGUACUGUAUGUAGAACUUCCUUGGCACCGUACGUAGCCAACCGCGCUAAUCAGAGGUGCGGAGGCGGCGGUGGUGGGGGGGGGGGGGGCAACAAACC